GAUCGCAAAGUAUUUCGUUUUCUCUCUCUACAACUCUCUCUCUCUCUCUCUACAUCUAUCGCGCGGAGAUUGUUGAAGAAGGAUUUCUAGGGUUUCAAACGCCUCCACAUCCACGCCCACGGCUUUGCCAAGGAGAUCCAGGUUUUGAAUUGGACUCGUGUGAAGCUUUUCUAGGGUAUCCAAGUUUUUGAAACAUAUUUCUUUUAAGCUUCGUGUCUUGGUCUCUCAAUAGUUCGAUCUAGGUUUAGUUUUGUCACUACUCAGUGUAGGAUUCAAUUUUCCUUGGAUUAUUCUUUUCUUCAUUCUUUGUGCCGAAGAGUUUUUGAUCCGAAUCAAAAUAAGUGUCUGGAGCCAAAAAGAGAACAUAUUUAGGGUUUGCUAUUGUCUUCUGGGUUGUGAAAAAUUCGUCGAAUAUUUUGUUGCUGGGAUUAAGUCAGUGAUUACUUUAUUGGAGUCCGCAUUCGAUUAUUGUUUUCGUUAUUUUAUUUUUGAGUGCUUGUCAUGGUCAAUUGGUUUUGCUGGUGAACAAACAUCAAUUUUUGAGUUUGAAUUUUUUGGAAACUAGGGGAAACUGGGUUCUUGGUAACUGUUUUUGUUGUUGAUUAUAACGUUUUUGGACUUCAACGAAAUUGAAGAAUUGCUCGUGACAGAAACGCAUGAAGUAAAUUUGAUUCCAAAACGAAAGCUAGAUAUUUGGCUUUAGACUGUAGUUUUGAAGUUGGAUUUUAAAAUAGACAGUGGAGACUGAAUCUUAAGCCCAAAAGUUGAUAUGUGCAGAUAUUGGGGGUUCAUCUUAUGGCACCAACUAUUCCCAUAGAUUACACUGGACAGAGGGAAUCAAAAACUUGCUUGAAGAAAGGGCUUACUGAAAUGACAGGGAAAACAAGGAAGUAUUCUAGGGGGCAUGUUUCUGGAUUUGUUCCGGAUUAUCGUCAUGCUGUUGAAACUAUGGCGGAAUCAGAAGGUUUUGGUAGUUCAGGACGAGUUGACACCGAGAUGACUGCAUCAGAGGAUUCGUGUGCCCCCAAAAGGAAAUGCAUUAGUUUGAAUGUGGAUAGUUUCGAUGGAUACGGUGUCCCUGUUCAAUCUUUAUCACUGUCAAAGAUGUCGCGGUCUGAUAGGAAGGAUUUAGAGUUGAGAUUGAAAAGUGAACUUGAACAAGUUAGGAUUCUUCAGAAGAAAAUUGACUCUAUGAGUUCCGAUGUCAUAGUUUUGUCACCCUCUAGUGAUAUUCGUAGUUGCAGUGAUGGACAAAAGAGACCGCCAUUAGAGAGCUUCCAAAUGUCAGUGUCGGUUCCACAAGGGAAGAAACGGGCUCCACCGGGACGGAGUGUGCCCCGCACAAAGCGGCCUGUGGCAGGGCAGUUUGAAUCAGUGAAGCAGGCGGUGGCAUCAAGUACUUCAAAUGCUAUGUUGAUGAAGCAGUGUGAAACAUUGUUGAAUCGAUUGAUGUCACAUCAGUUUGGUUGGGUAUUUAACACUCCCGUAGAUGUGGUUAAGUUGAACAUUCCAGAUUAUUUCAAUGUUAUUAAGAAUCCAAUGGAUUUGGGGACUGUGAAAAGCAAGUUAAUAACAGGUAAAUAUUUGAGUCCACUGGAUUUUGCGGCAGACGUGAGGCUCACUUUCUCAAAUGCAAUGACUUACAACCCACCUGGAAAUGAUGUCCAUAUCAUGGCUGACACACUCAGAAAAUUCUUUGAAGUGAGAUGGAAGCCUCUUGAGAAGAAGCUUCCUGCGACAAUAGAAGCUCAGGUGCCAUCAAGAUCAACCAGUCACAUACAAACUGAACGUGCUACUCAAAUGCCUCCCUCUAAGAAGAAGAAAGUAGCAUCGGUUUACAAUAAGGUUAAGGCAGAACCUGUAAAGCAGGUUAUGUCUGAUUCCGAGAAGCAUAAACUAAGCACAGAAUUAGAGGAUUUAUUGGCAGAAUUGCCAGAAAACAUUAUAGAUUUUCUGAAAGAGCAAAGUUUUAGUGCAAAUCAAGCAGGUGAAGAUGAGAUUGAGAUUGAUAUUGAUGCUCUGAGUGAUGAAACUUUAUUCAGGUUGCGGAAGCUUUUAGAUGACUAUCUGCUAGAGAAGCAGAAAAAGCAGGGAAAAGCUGAACCAUGUGAGAUAGAGCUUCAUAAUGAAUCGGGGUUCAGCAAUUUAUCAGUACAACCAUGUAAAGCCAACGAUCCCAUUGAUGAGGAUGUAGAUAUUGGUGGAAAUGAUCCUGCUAUCUCAAGUUACCCUCCAGUAGAGAUAGAGAAAGAUGCAGCCCUUAGAAACAGUAAAUGCGGUAGUUCAAGCAGUUCCAGUAGUGAGUCAGGCUCUUCAUCCAGUGAUUCAGAUUCGGGAAGUUCGUCUGGCACUGAAUCUGAUGGUGCCAAGGCUGCAGUUCCUGUGAGUACUGCUAAGGAGACCAUGGGUUCUGGAGCAAAUUUAAAGGAGAAGACGAGUAAUCUUAGUGAUCCAGACAUAGAUCUGCUAAAUGGGUCAAGCCAAGCCGAGCAGAAUUGUGAGUCUAAGUCACUUGCUGAUGAGGCCGAUGGCCGUCAAGAGGGGGAGAGUGCUCCAUCCGAGAGGCAAGUCUCCCCAGAAAAGCUUUACCGUGCAGCAUUAUUGAGAAACCGUUUUGCAGACACCAUACUCAAAGCUCGAGAGAAGACCCUUCAGAAGGGUGAAAAGCAGGAUCCAGAGAAACUGCGUCUUGAGAGAGAGGAGCUUGAAAGGAGGAGAAAAGAAGAGAAAGCUCGGUUACAAGCAGAAGCCAAGGCAGCAGAAGAAGCUCGUAGGAAAGCUGAUGAAGAAGCUGCAGCUGAAGCCAAAAGGAAGAGAGAGCUCGAGAGAGAAGCAGCACGCAAGGCUUUGCAACAGAUGGAAAAGACGGUUGAUAUUAAUGAGAAUUGUCACUUUCUGGAGGAUCUAGAAAUGCUUAGAGCUGCUCCCGACGAACAUUCACAGAACUUUGUAGAUGAGACAAGCCCAGAUCAUUCUCAAAAUCUUCUGGGUAGUUUUAAACUCCAGGGAAGUAGUAAUCCAUUAGAGCAGCUUGGAUUAUACAUGAAGAUGGAUGAUGAAGAGGAGGAAGAAGUUGUGCCCCAGAGUGUUCCAGAUGCAGUGAAUGAUGCAGAUGCGGAGGAAGGAGAAAUUGAUUGAUCCGGUUUUCUUCCUUGAACCUUUUCACCCUCGAGGAGCAAGAUUGACCAUGUGGUUUUUCCCUUACUUUCCUUCUGGUUUUGGUGCUGUGGGGCACACAGUGUUAACUUGUGUUGUGCCACAGCAAACCUUAAGCUUUAAAAGAAGAAGAUGGGAUAUGCCGGGUGGGAAGGCUAGUCAGCGCCUUUUUUGGCCUGGUUUUUGAGUUAUUUGGAAUUUAUGGUUUGGCUAUGAACUUGGGGUUGGAGCUGACUAUGAAAGUUGGAGUGUAAGCACUACUUUCUACAUAAAACAAAAAACUGUGUGGCCUUUUGCUGGGGGAGAGAGAGAGGGAGAGAGGGUGUAUCAAUCGGGAUUUUACUUUUGGUUUGAAAAGAAAGUUCAUAUUUUUAAGGAGUCACCAGAUCAACCACCAAUGCCAACUAGAAAUUGACAUAAUGAGUUUUGAGCAGCCUCUUUGCAUGCACCUUGUGUCUGUCAAAAUCUUGGUGUAUUGGGUGCUUGUAAACACAAAUUAAAAGCAAAGGUGCAUGGAAAUCUUAAAUCUUCUUCUUCUUCUGUUUGAAAGAAAUUGUAAUCCUCAUCCGACGAAUCUUAGGAUUUUUUUUCAUCCUUUUUUCUUUAGAAAUUAGCUAUUCUAAGUA